UCCUGCAUUCUGUAGCUCAGAGCCACUGCCUUUGCUGCUGCAGCUGCUGCUGUCCCCUCUCCUCCUCUGCUUCUGACCACUCAGUGCCCCGGCUGUUCUCUGUCCUGGUCAUGACCACAGCGACCCCCAGGACCCUGGCCUAGCUCUGAGCCUUGGGGCCCUUGGUCCCCCCUCUUGGGCCAUGGCCAACUCAGGUCUCCAGCUGUUGGGCUACUUCCUGGCCCUGGGUGGCUGGGUGGGUAUCAUUGCCAGCACAGCCCUGCCACAGUGGAAGCAGUCCUCCUAUGCAGGCGACGCCAUCAUCACUGCUGUGGGUCUCUACGAAGGACUCUGGAUGUCCUGCGCCUCUCAGAGCACUGGGCAGGUGCAGUGCAAGCUCUAUGACUCUCUGCUUGCCCUGGACGGUCACAUCCAGUCGGCACGAGCCCUGAUGGUGGUGGCCGUGCUCCUGGGCUUCGUGGGCAUGGUCCUCAGUGUCGUGGGCAUGAAGUGCACACGGGUUGGAGACAGCAACCCUAUCGCCAAGGGCCGUGUGGCCAUCUCCGGGGGUGCCCUCUUCCUCCUGGCAGGCCUCUGCACUUUGACUGCUGUCUCAUGGUACGCCACCCUGGUGACCCAGGAGUUCUUCAACCCAAGCACACCUGUCAAUGCCAGGUUUGAAUUUGGCCCAGCUCUGUUUGUGGGCUGGGCCUCAGCUGGCCUGGCCAUGCUGGGGGGCUCCUUCCUCUGCUGCACGUGCCCGGAGCCCGAGAGAACCAACAGCAGCCCGCAGCCCUACCGCCCAGGACCCUCCACUGCUGCCCGAGAACCUGUUGUUAAAUUGCCUGUCUCCACCAAGGGCCCCCUGGGUGUGUAAUGUCCAAAUUCCCAGCCAGGUUCUGUCCCCCUGCCACACCUACUCUGUGUGCUUAGUAAGUUUUGGAAAGAGAACUGAACGCUCAGCCC